CGGUGUGAGCGGCCGGGUGGGUCGGAGCCGGAGCCGCGCUGGUUCAGGAAGUUCAGCUGCGACCUCGGGGCCGGAGGAGCCGGAGCGAAACCUCCAACAUGCGCGGCGCCGGCGGGCGGGCGGGCGGGGCGGACGGAGGGCGCUGCUGCCGGCGCAGGUAGCCUGGGCGCCGCCACCCCACAUCCCACCGGCCCGGCCCGGCCCCGCGCCCCGCGGACCCAGGACGCGCCCGAGCCUCCCGUCGGGGACGGAGCGGUGCCCUCCGUGCAUGCCCAGACCCUCGGCCCGAGGGGGAAUAGGUCCCAAGCGGGAGCCCAGGACGUGGUGGCGAGCCAAGCGCCAUGGAGAAGCUCAGCUCCUUCUUCCGUGACAUCUGGGACACCAUCCUGACCAAGCACCGGGAGGGCCUCUUCAACAGCGUCUGCCUGGGCGUGCUGCUGGCGCUGCCGCUGCUGGUGCUCCUCGCCCUGGUCUUCGUCUGCUGCCACUGCUGCUGGAGCCGGCCGGGCGCGGGCCGGCAGCCGGAGCGCGGCCCGGGGAAGAAGAGGAGGAGGAGGAGGAGGAAGGGCGAGGAAGACCUGUGGAUCUCCGCGCAGCCCAAGCUCCUGCAGCUGGAGAAGAGGCCGUCGCUGCCGGUCUAGCCGGGCGGGCAGCAGAGGGCCCGCCUUCCAAGGACUCACGGGGCCUGGAGAUCACACACGUGUCCACAGAGGAGCUUCUCAGCCAAAGAGCCACCUCAGACUGAGGGUCCCAGAGGGCACCCCCAGGGAGCACGGGGACAAUGCGUGGGCACUGGCUGAGCAGCUGUGUGUCCAAUAGCAACACUCUUGACUCCAGAUGCAGACGUGCCGUCCGCCUGCUUCCGGCACAGUCCUUACCCAAAAGCACAAGGAACACGUAUCCGUGACCAUCCGGGCUCACCGUGCACAUCACACACACACACAGCACGUAUCCACUCUUGCAAGAACAUCUCGCAGGAGGGCCUGGCCAGGUUCAGGCGCGUGUGCACAAUUGCAUGGCCGGGCCGGGUUAUGAAUUCCAUCCCCAUUCCCGAUGCUCCUCAGGUGCGCUUUCCCGCUCCGAUUCCUGGCAAACCCUUUUGCUGGAAAGGCUCAUCUUUGGGCUUUUCAGCACCCGGUACAGUGCCUUUCGCUGUGUAUCAAUGCGGACCCUCCAGUUCCCGUGCUCCUGACCCCGCUCCGAGGGGGGCAAGUUCAAAGUGCAAUGGAUCCGAAUUCAUCGGAAGCUAAGGUCUCGCAAGGUCCUCACUUCCCCUGGUCGGUGGUGAAUGUGGUCCGAGGCCCCUGGCUGAGACGCACCACACAGAGCCCGUGAGGAAAGCUCCUCCUCCGCACAGGAUGCAGCGCUGGCCGGGCUCCCGGAGAGCGAUGGGCGCCAGGUAACGAGGCUGCUCCGCCCACUCCACCGGGUGCGCCGUGUCCUGUGCAGCGCGGAGGUGGGAGGAGAUGCCCCCUGAGCUGGGCAUCCCCGGAGCCAGAGGCUCUCGGCGGGAAGGAAGGAAGCCAUCGCCGGCCCAGCCUCGCGGAAGGCACACGGGAAGCAGCGGGCGGCGAGCUGCAGGCGGGAGGUGGGAGAUUCGGACGGAAGUGAGAGGAUGAAGCUAGAGAGAGGUUUAUUCAUAUUUACCUUGAGGCUCAGGCAAGUGCCUUGCGCACAGUGGGUACUCAUAACCGUCCCUGACGCUGCUGGGUCUGUGAUGGCGGCAGGUGAGCUGUGAUACCUCGCCAGUCCCCCCCGGUGGCCUUCUGGGCUGCGAGGGUGGGGGUGGGUGCUGAGUUCUGCAGAGCCAGGCGGAGGGCUGGCACGUGGGCCCCGAGGUCGGUGAGGACGUGGAGACCAGGUCCACGGAGAGCUGAGGGCUGUCUCCCCACCAGGCUGAGGCUGGGGGCCGAGGUAGUCCGCUUGUCUGAUGAGCUGGCUAGUAUUUGGAUUGGAUCGCGACCAUAUUGCAAUGGUGGGUAAUUCCUGGGAGCGGGCUGUGCUGCCAAAUUCAUUUGCAGCCCUCAGAGGCUGUUCCAAAUGGUGUGCAAUUGCCAUUUCAUUAACAAUAUAGCUAAACUAAGGUACUUACGGUAGCAGAAAUGAAACCCUGUGAGACUGCGCUAAGGGGAAAAUGUGCUCCAUCUACUACCCCCAGGUGUUCUCCAGGCCUGUGCAGAGCGGACGCUGGGAGGUACCUGCCGACCAGGUCUCACAGUGACCCAGGACGCGGAGUUCAGUAGCGUACACUGUCAUCCCUUCCCCCUGCGAGGCCCCAAGUCUCCCAGGCACUCAGGCCCUGACUCCUAAAGCCCCGUGAGCAGAGAAGCUACACCCUGAUUCCCUGCCCCCGUGUCACAGGGAGAGUUUGUCACAGGGAGAGCAUGUCACAGGGCAGCUGAGUAUCCUGGGACAUCACAGGACAGCUAGUUAUCUUCCUCCCCCCUCCCCCCAAUCUACUGCUGCCCAGGACGAGGCCCUUCCCGUCUGCACUCUCAGUCCCAAAUGGAUGAGUUGGGCAGACGUGGGGGCUGGUGGCUGAGGCUGGUGUUAGAUAUGAUCCAAGAAAGAUCACCAGGAACAUGGUUGCCGUGGCAACUGGCUGCUCAUUUGAAUUAAGAGAGCAGUGUGUCACCUCCACGACAGGCCUCCCUCUCCGGGUGCAGGCCCUGCUGUCUCCUAACCUACCGCACCUGCCCCAGCUCCACCACGAAGCACCAGCAUGCACACCUCAGCUGCUCCCAUGGCCUCGGACCCAGGACACCCGAGCCCUGAGCGAGACCCCUCAUUUCCCCACCCAGCCUCCCCGGGGCCUCCCUGGGGUCCCGAGAACAGUGCCCGGGCAGGGGAGGCCUCACAUGCCUGUUGAGUAAAGGGGCGUGAACGGAGCCCAAGCACCAUUUCCCUCUCCCUUCUCCCUUCUCCUCCCUUCUCCCUUGUUUUCUUCUCCAUCCCCUCUUGUCCUGGCUCCAUCCCUUCCUUCAUCUCCAUCUUCACUCCUUUCCUUCCCAGCCUCUGUCCCAGACCUGCCUCUGGUGACGAGGAUGCCUCAGAGGGGAGCCUGCCUGGCCCAGCUGGGGGGGUUAAGCUAAUGAAGGACAAGAGGGUAGGAGGGAAGGGGCUUCCUCAGGCACAGGCCUGGAAGCCCCUAGGACGUGUACUCAGCUCCAGCCAGCCCAGCCCGUCAGAGCAGGCCCUCCCCUCCUGCUGCUGCUGCUGCUGCUGCUGCUGCUCCCCGGAUUCGCACUCCGGUUAUUGGGGGGAGGGGAGGGUAUGGAGAAAGGGUAGUCACCCUUUCAAGAAGGAUAUAAGUGGCCCAGAUUGUACGGUAUUCGUCAGUAUUUUUUUUGUUCUGAAAAAAUUCAAACACAUCAACAGAAAAACUGAUUUAAAUAAAAUACUUUAAAAAAUAAAA